UCUCUCUCUCUCUCUCUCUCUCUCUCUGUUUUUCUUUGUUUUCCUCCAUUACAAACCAAGCUUCUUUUCUUGCUUUCAAGGUCCUUUUCUCAUCCACAUAAAGCCACCAACCAUUUCACCAACCUUUACUUUUCUACCCAUCCAAACACUCAAGAACUGGUUCCCCUGCAUUUUCUUUCCCUGUUUCAAAGGUGGGUUUUUUUUUUUUGGAAUAUCUUGGCCCACCUCUGCUAUUUCUGUGCUUCUAGACUACUACUCUGCAAUGCUGUUUUUGGGAGUUUUGGGUUUUGGCGAGUUGGGUCAUUUGAAGAUGGCAGCCUGUUGAUCGGAGGAAAAGCUUUUCUUUUCCUUUCUAUUAUUAUUAUUGUUUUUCCUUGUGGCUUCUUUUAUUUGAUUUGGUUGGAGAGAAAAAAGAGGGUUGAAUAGCCAAAAAGAAGCUCAGAAAGUAAUGUGCAUUGUUGUUAUUAAAGGAACGCCCAGUUGGACUCAAGCGAAUUUGAUUUUACUGAAAUGGAUAUGUCAUCUUCCCUGAAUGCGGAAUUAUCGAAAAAGACGUCAUUUUUUGGCCUGAAACUGUGGGUUGUGAUUGGCAUCUGCGUUGGCGUGUUUAUUGUUUUGAUUCUAUCUCUUCUAUCCAUAUGGGCCGCCCUCCGCAGAAAAUAUAAGCGGAGCAUAGAUAAGUUUCCACUCUCUCAAAUCCCCAAUGUAUCAAAGGAGAUCAAAGUCGACAGAGUGGGAACCAGCUUCUUUUCUCACAAUGCCCUGGAUCGUGAAGGUGUUCUUCCUACACAUGAUAAAUCAUUCGAUAAGGAUUCGGAGAGGAUGGUGGUGCAUUUGGGUAUGAGCAAAUCCAGUGAUGUGGACAAUAUCAGCCAAUGCAGCUCUGCUUAUCAGCAUGAUAGAGGUGGUAGUUCACAUUCGGGCGAAGACGGGAGCUCAGGAACUUUUAACACCCACAAGCCGUCUUCUUUGUAUGGACUUGCGUCUGCUUCACCCUUGAUUGGUCUGCCUGAAUUCUCCCAUCUUGGAUGGGGUCAUUGGUUUACUUUGCGGGAUCUUGAGUUUGCAACGAAUCGUUUCUCAAAGGAGAAUGUGCUUGGGGAGGGUGGAUACGGGGUUGUUUAUAAGGGGCGGCUGAUCAACGGAACUGAGGUGGCAGUCAAAAAGCUCCUCAACAAUCUAGGGCAAGCAGAGAAGGAGUUUAGAGUGGAAGUGGAAGCUAUAGGCCAUGUCCGACACAAGAAUCUGGUGCGGCUUUUGGGUUAUUGUGUAGAAGGAGUUCAUAGGAUGCUGGUUUAUGAGUAUGUGAACAAUGGCAAUUUAGAGCAAUGGCUUCAUGGAGCUAUGCGUCAAUACGGCAUCCUUACUUGGGAGGCUCGCAUGAAGGUUAUCCUAGGAACUGCGAAGGCUCUUGCUUAUUUGCAUGAAGCAAUAGAACCGAAAGUCGUUCACCGAGACAUCAAGUCAAGCAACAUUUUGAUUGAUAUGGAAUUCAAUAGCAAGGUUUCUGACUUUGGUUUGGCAAAGCUCUUGGGUUCAGAGAAAAGCCAUAUCACAACACGAGUAAUGGGCACGUUUGGGUAUGUAGCACCCGAAUAUGCAAAUACGGGAUUGUUAAAUGAGAAGAGUGACAUUUACAGUUUUGGCGUCCUCUUGCUAGAAGCAGUUACUGGCAGAGAUCCCGUCGACUAUGGUCGACCAGCGAAUGAGGUGAAUCUUGUUGAGUGGCUUAAAGUGAUGGUGGGGAGUAGAAGAGCAGAGGAAGUCGUGGAUCCAAACCUGGAAAUUAAACCAACAACCCGAGUUCUAAAACGUGCCCUUCUAAUCGCAUUGAGAUGUGUCGAUCCUGAGGCAGACAAAAGACCCAAGAUGGGUCAGGUUGUUCGAAUGCUCGAAGCUGACGAAAUCCCAUUCCGUGAGGAUAGGAGGAAAAGGAGAAGUCAUACAGGUAGCAUGGAAAUCGAGUCUCUGAGGGGAGGUUCCGUGGACAUGGAUGUGAAAGUAGAGCAAUCAGAGAGUUAAACAUCGUCAAGGCAUCAUGGAUAUCAGGCUGACAACACAACAAAUGCAUGUCUCUUUCAUUCCAAACAGAUUGAAGUGUUUCCCAUUGAAUCUUUCCGAGGUCAGAUUACAAAUUCACAACUGAACAAAUGCUCCCUUGCUCGAAAUGGGUUGAAAUGAGGAUUUCCCUCAUGGGUUUUUUGGAUUUGAUGCUGUUGUUUCAACAUUGCUCGAUGUAAGGCCUAAUAAUCUUUAGGCGAAGAUAGAAGCCCAAAUCCUGGAAAUUCCUUCAAUUCCCAAAAACUGCAUUUUGCUGUACAGAUUUGUUUGAGGAUUUAGUUGGGCAUCUUCUGCCUUGAAUACAUGAUUUUCUUUCGUCUUUUCCUUCACUGUUCUUGAGCUGGACGACUCUCAUUUAAUCUCACUUUUUUUUAACCCAUACCUGUAUUGGUUAUUAUAGAAUUUCAUCAUUUUUAACCCCUUCUUCUU